AUGAGCGCUAGACCACAGGCGGGCGCGCAGUGCCCCAAGUCCUUCACCGCCGGUCCUUGUUCGAGAAAGCGAGCCUUUGGUGUGCUAAAGACUUUCCUGCCCAUCUUGGAGUGGCUCCCCAAAUACCGAAUCAAGGAAUGGCUACUGAGUGAUAUCAUUUCGGGAGUUAGCACGGGGCUAGUGGGCACACUGCAAGGGAUGGCCUAUGCUCUACUAGCUGCAGUUCCUAUUGGAUAUGGUCUCUACUCUGCAUUUUUUCCUAUCCUGACAUAUUUUAUCUUUGGAACAUCAAGACAUAUCUCAGUUGGACCUUUUCCAGUGGUCAGUUUAAUGGUGGGAUCUGUUGUUCUGAGCAUGGCCCCCGACGAGCACUUUCUCAUAUCCAGCAGUAAUGGCACUGCAUUAAAUACUACCGUGGUAGACGCCACAGCUAGAGACACAGCAAGAGUGUUGAUUGCGAGCACCCUUACUCUCUUGGUUGGAAUCAUACAGUUGAUAUUUGGAGGUUUGCAGAUUGGAUUCAUUGUGAGGUACUUGGCAGAUCCCUUGGUUGGCGGAUUCACAACAGCUGCUGCCUUCCAAGUACUGGUCUCACAGCUAAAGAUUGUGCUGAACGUUUCAACCAAAAAUUAUAAUGGAGUUCUCUCCAUUAUCUAUACUUUGGUUGAGAUAUUCCAAAAUGUUGGUGAUACCAAUCUUGCUGAUUUUAUUGCUGGAUUACUCACCAUUGUCAUCUGUAUGGCGGUUAAGGAAAUAAAUGAUCGAUUUAAACACAAAAUUCCAGUCCCUAUUCCUAUAGAAGUAAUUGUGACAAUAAUUGCUACUGCCAUUUCAUAUGGAGCCAACUUGGAAAAAAAUUAUAAUGCUGGCAUUGUUAAAUCCAUCCCAAGGGGGUUUCUGCCUCCUGUACUUCCACCUGUGAGCUUGUUUUCGGAGAUGCUGGCUGCAUCGUUUUCCAUCGCUGUGGUGGCUUAUGCUAUUGCAGUGUCGGUGGGAAAAGUCUAUGCCACCAAGUAUGAUUACACCAUCGAUGGGAACCAGGAAUUCAUUGCCUUUGGGAUCAGCAAUAUCUUCUCAGGAUUCUUCUCUUGUUUUGUGGCCACCACUGCACUGUCCCGCACUGCUGUCCAGGAGAGCACCGGAGGAAAGACACAGAUUGCUGGCAUCAUCUCGGCUGUGAUUGUGAUGAUCGCCAUUGUUGCCCUGGGGAAGCUUCUGGAGCCCUUGCAGAAGUCAGUCUUGGCAGCUGUUGUCAUUGCCAACCUGAAGGGGAUGUUUAUGCAGGUGUGUGACGUUCCUCGUCUGUGGAGGCAGAAUAAAAUUGAUGCUGUUAUCUGGGUGUUUACGUGUGUAGUUUCCAUCAUUCUGGGGCUGGAUCUCGGUUUACUAGCUGGCCUUAUAUUUGGACUACUGACUGUUGUCCUGAGAGUUCAGUUUCCAUCCUGGAAUGGCCUCGGAAGCAUCCCGAGCACAGAUAUCUACAAAAGUACCAAGAAUUACAAAAAUAUUGAAGAACCUGAAGGAGUGAAGAUUCUUAGAUUUUCUAGUCCUAUUUUUUAUGGCAACGUUGAUGGUUUUAAAAAAUGUAUCAAGUCCACAGUUGGAUUUGAUGCCAUAAGAGUAUAUAAUAAGAGGCUGAAAGCACUGAGGAAAAUACAGAAACUCAUCAAAAAUGGACAACUAAGGGCAACAAAGAAUGGCAUCAUAAGUGAUGCUGGUUCAACAAAUAAUGCUUUUGAGCCUGAUGAAGAUAUUGAAGAUCCGGAAGAACUUGAUAUCCCAACCAGGGAAAUAGAGAUUCAAGUAGAUUGGAACUCUGACCUUCCAGUAAAAGUGAAUGUUCCCAAAGUGCCAAUCCAUAGCCUGGUGCUUGAUUGUGGCGCUAUAUCCUUCCUCGAUGUUGUUGGAGUGAAGUCCUUGCGGGUGAUUGUCAAAGAAUUCCAAAGAAUUGAUGUGAAUGUGUACUUUGCAUCACUUCAAGAUCAUGUGAUAGAAAAGCUGGAGCAAUGUGGUUUCUUUGAUGAUAACAUUAGGAAGGACACAUUCUUUUUGACUGUCCAUGAUGCUAUACUCUAUCUACAGAACCAAGUGAAAUCCCAAGAGGGUCAAGAAUCCAUUUUAGAAACGAUCACCCUCAUUCAAGACUGCAAAGAUCCUCUUGAAUUAAUAGAAGCAGAGAGGAUUGAAGAAGAGCUUGAUGUUCAAGAUGAGGCUAUGCGCAGACUUGCUUCCUGAAAGCAGGCUCAGGAGGGGCCCCUUUGAGCACAGACUGCAAGACAAAAUUUAUCCAAUCACAUCAUUCUAUGCAAACAUUUUCUGCAUUGACUAUUUCUUUGGACUUGAAACACCCAUUCUUUUUCUAGUAUAUAUAUUUUUUAAAUCUUCUAUUCUUUUAACCUCUUGACCAUUAAAAGAGAAGCACUAAGAUUUGUUUCUAGGCUUUAUUUAUAAAAUGAAUAGCUUACCUUUUAAAUGUGCAAAGUGGUGAGGAGAAUUGUUCGGGUGAUCUGGUAGUGUCCGGGAUCUGCUGAUGUUACAAUAUGGUGCUGAUGCUCCAUGAUAGACUUGUUAACAAUGUCCACGUGGGUGCUAGCGCCUCUGUUCAGUUGGUGUGAGUGUUGACCCUGUGGUCAGGUGAGUCAGGAAUGACUAAUAUAAAGAAAAAUGAGUUUUUAACUGACCUUAAAAUCCAUGAGCUGUACUGAUCACAGUGUAAAAUCACAUUCACUAAAUGCUGAAAUAAAACUAUGAAUGCAUUUAUCAACAAGGGGCUUCAAAACCACUUUUUGGUAAAUAACUCCAAGUUUUUAAAAUGCAAAUUUAGUUAGUACUUAAUAAUGAAAUGUUAUUCUAUGGAACCAGAUAUAUAACCAGAAUUCAGGGUCUCUUUCAUCCUGGACAUGAUUAACUUAAAAGCUACAGAACUGAGCUGAUAUUUGAGAAACAUUGAUACAGAGAAGUGAAACAAUAAGGGGAUUUUCAUGGUUUAUAAAAAUAAUUGUUCAAUAUGAUACUAAUCAUUGACUCACAAUUGAAAUGAAGGAAAACCUGACAGAUUAUCUAUUUUCAAAAUGCAGUUUUAAUUUAUCUUAGCCUAGAAAUGAUCUUUGUGUGGCAGUAUAUAUAGGUAUGGUCUAUUUAAAAUUUGCUAUUUUGAGCAAAAGAAAAAUUUGAUGUGUUUAUAAAACCAUGGUGAUUAAAAUGAGUUUGAAUUUUUUCUUUAAAAUUUUAGUAGUAAGCCAAGUAAAUGAUCUUUAACUGAACUCUGACUACUUUAAAAAAAAUACAAACUAAAAAUUGAACUGUCUAUAGCAGUUCAAAUGUUAUAGCAAAAAUGUUCUAUGUUUAAGAUGAGUUUUUAAAGAAAGUAUUCUAAAUGAACUCAAUAUAAAAAAUUUUGUUUGGAAUAUACACAUUGAAAAUAUAUAGGAUUUUUUCAAAAUCCAUAUUUUAAGCCCCCAAUUUUUAUUUUAUGUCAUUUAUUUUUACUUAUUCUUUUCUGAGUGCCAACAGUUUUCUAGGUAUUGUGCAUAACAUACAGGCUCUGGUCUUGUGGACUAUUCCCAUAUAUUUCAUGCUGGAGUGAAUGAAGUUGUACGUCAUUUGUAGAGAAAAAUAAAUACCCAGGUCCCCAAUUCAGACAAUGUCUUGCUUUAUUGAAAACUAUAGUUGCCUGACACCAGUACUUUAGUAGGUGGAGGCAAGAGGAUUGCCUGAGCCCAAAGAUUUGAGACCAGCCUGGGCGACUUGGCGAGAACUCGU